GCACUUGACGCGGGUCCGGCUGUCGCGAAGGGCGGGUCUGAGGAGAAUCCUUGACUCCUUCGGCGUCCGCCAGCUCCCUCGCUGUUUGAGGCUCCGGAGCCACAGCCCAAGCCGGAGCCCGAGCCCGCGGAGGCGCCACCUCGCGCGCCCUCCGGUCAUGGCUUUCGCCAAUUUCCGCCGCAUCCUGCGCCUAUCCACCUUCGAGAAGAGAAAGUCCCGCGAAUAUGAGCACGUCCGCCGGGACCUGGACCCCAACGAGGUUUGGGAGAUCGUGGGCGAGCUGGGCGACGGCGCCUUCGGCAAGGUUUACAAGGCCAAAAAUAAGGAGACCGGGGCCUUGGCCGCAGCCAAAGUCAUCGAGACCAAGAGCGAGGAGGAGUUGGAGGACUACAUUGUGGAGAUUGAGAUUCUGGCCACCUGCGACCACCCCUACAUCGUGAAGCUCCUGGGAGCCUAUUACUACGACGGGAAGCUAUGGAUCAUGAUUGAGUUCUGUCCCGGGGGAGCCGUGGACGCCAUCAUGCUGGAGCUGGACAGACCCCUCACCGAGCCCCAGAUCCAGGUCGUGUGCCGGCAGAUGCUGGAAGCCCUCAACUUCCUGCAUAGCAAGAGGAUUAUCCACCGUGACCUGAAGGCUGGCAACGUGCUCAUGACCCUGGAGGGGGACAUCAGGCUAGCUGACUUUGGCGUGUCUGCCAAGAAUCUGAAGACUCUGCAGAAGCGAGAUUCCUUCAUCGGGACGCCUUACUGGAUGGCCCCCGAGGUGGUGCUUUGUGAGACCAUGAAGGACACCCCGUACGACUACAAAGCCGACAUUUGGUCACUCGGCAUCACGCUGAUUGAGAUGGCUCAGAUCGAGCCCCCGCACCAUGAACUCAACCCCAUGCGGGUCCUGCUCAAGAUCGCCAAGUCGGACCCUCCCACGCUACUCACGCCCUCUAAAUGGUCCGUGGAGUUCCGGGACUUCCUGAAAGUGGCCCUGGACAAGAACCCGGAGACACGGCCCAGCGCAGCGCAGCUGCUGGAGCACCCCUUCGUCAGCAGCGUCACCAGCAACAAGGCUCUGCGAGAGCUGGUGGCCGAAGCCAAGGCCGAGGUCAUGGAGGAGAUUGAAGAUGGCCGUGAGGAGGCGGAAGAGGACGAUGCUGGGGACGCCGGCUCCACCCUGGGGAACCACACUCAGGAUUCUGCUGAACUGAAUCGCUUGAGUCUCCAUGCCGACCAGGUCACCCAGGCGUCAUCCUCCACCCCACAGCCCUCUGAGGAUAAACCUGGCCAAGCCACCAGCACUCCAGGGGCUGCCCCCGCCACGGAGAAUGGCCUGGUUGUGCCUGUGCCUCUGCGGAAGUCACGGCCGGUUUCGAUGGAUGCAAGAAUUCAGGUGGCAGGGGAGAAGCAUGUCACCGACCAGGAUGGGGACCUCAGCCCAGUUGCCAAUAGGUCCCAAAGGGCAAACCAGAGCCGGCCCAGCAGCAGCGCCCUGGAGACCCUGGGUGGGGAGAAAUUGGCCAAUGGCAGCCUGGAGCCCCAUGCCCAGGCUGUUCCGGGUGCUUCCAAGCGGGACUCGGACUGUGGCAGCCUCUCCACCUCCGACAGCACAGACUAUAGCACCUCCUUGUCUGCGGACCUGGCCCUGAACAAAGAGACAGGCUCCCUGUCCAUCAAGGACUCCCGGCUGCACAAUAAAACCCUGAAGCGAACACGCAGGUUUGUGGUGGAUGGCGUGGAGGUGAGCAUCACCACAUCCAAGAUCAUCAGUGAGGAUGAGAAGAAGGACGAGGAGAUGAGAUUUCUCAGGCGCCAGGAACUCCGAGAGCUGCGGCUGCUGCAGAAGGAAGAGCACAGGAACCAGACGCAGCUGAGCAACAAGCAUGAGCUGCAGCUGGAGCAGAUGCACAAGCGCUUCGAGCAGGAGAUCAACGCCAAGAAGAAGUUCUUUGACACGGAGCUGGAGAACCUGGAGAAACAGCAGAAGCAGCAGGUGGAGAAGAUGGAGCAGGACCACGCCGUGCGCCGCCGGGAGGAGACCAAGCGCAUCCGCCUGGAGCAGGACCGGGACUAUGCCAGGUUCCAGGAGCAACUGAAGCUCAUGAAGAAGGAGGUGAAGAGCGAGGUGGAGAAGCUGCCCCGGCAGCAGCGGAAGGAGAGCAUGAAGCAGAAGAUGGAGGAGCAUGCGCAGAAGAAGCAGCUGCUUGACCGGGACUUUGUCGCCAAGCAGAAGGGGGACCUGGAGUUGGCCAUGAAGAAGCUCACUGCGGACAACAGACGGGAGAUCUGCGACAAGGAACGCGAGUGUCUCAACAAGAAGCAGGAGCUCCUUCGAGAGCGUGAGGCAGCCCUGUGGGAGAUGGAGGAGCACCAGUUGCAGGAACGGCACCAGCUGGUGAAGCAGCAGCUGAAGGACCAGUACUUCCUGCAGCGGCACGAGCUACUGCGCAAGCACGAGAAGGAGCGGGAGCAGAUGCAGCGCUACAACCAGCGCAUGGUGGAGCAGCUCAAGGUGCGGCAGCAGCAAGAGAAGGCGCGGCUGCCCAAGAUCCAGCGGAGCGAGGGCAAGACGCGCAUGGCCAUGUACAAGAAGAGCCUGCACAUCAAUGGCGGGGGCAGUGCGGCUGAGCAGCGCGAGAAGAUUAAACAGUUCUCCCAGCAGGAGGAGAAGAGGCAGAAAUCCGAGAGGCUGCAGCAGCAGCAGAAGCACGAGAACCAGAUGCGGGACAUGAUGGCACAGUGUGACAGCAACAUGAGUGAGCUGCAGCAGCUGCAGAAUGAAAAGUGCCACCUCUUGGUAGAGCAUGAGACCCAGAAGCUGAAGGCAUUGGAUGAGAGCCACAACCAGAACCUGAAGGAGUGGCGAGACCGACUCCGGCCACGCAAAAAGGCUCUGGAGGAGGAUCUGAACCAGAAGAAGCGAGAGCAGGAGAUGUUCUUCAAGCUGAAUGAGGAGGCCGAGUGCCCGAACCCCACCACGCCCAGCAAGAACACCAAGUUCUUCCCCUCCAGCUCUGCGGAGGCUUCUUAACUACACCCUUCAUUGCACCAGGCUGUUGGGGGCACCUUGGGGGUGCCCUCACCCCGCUCUGUGAACAAGGAACUCAGGUCUGCCUUUCCUCUUGCUUCCGUGCCAGCUCAAGGCCAGCCCCACGCCCGCUGCGGAGCGCCCGGGCACCUGACUUCUGCACCCAGGCCCUGGUGUGCGUUCUGCCUGAGCCUGGAUCCCUGCGGGCUGCAGCAGGUGGAGUCGAGGUCUGGAUGCUCUGGGUGCUGGAGAGCCGCCUGCAGGCUGCCUCUGGACACUGCAGCGCUGCCCACGAUGCCACCGCAGUGUGAGUCUUGCUGGCUUUCCAGCCAUUCCAAGCUGACUCAGGCCAGAAGCAAGGCCCCUAACCUCAGGGGGUGUUCCUCACUCCUCCGACUCCCCCAUUUUGCCUUCUGCUUCCUGCAGUGUGUGUCUACAUGCAGGGGAGAGGCCGGAGGAAGGAGGCCUGAUCAUGGGUUGUGCUGUUCAUGGGUGCUUUGUGCCAUCAUGUGCCUGCCCUCCCUGUACCUGUGUGCCCACCCUGUGUGCAUGCGUGGCCCGGCCUCUGGUGCUUGCCUGCGCCCGGGGCGCUGGGUGUGCGGAGUGGAGCAGCUGGUGGGGAACAUGCUGGCUGUUGGCACACGAGGCCCUGAGAAGGCACAGGCUGUCCUGCCAGUCACAUAGAGAUGGCUUCCUCAGCACACAGAAUCUGCCCACCGUGGGCUGCCCAUGCCUGCUGCUUUUCCAGCCUGCCUGCGUGUAAUGUGGGAAGGCUGGAUUCUUCCGCCCUGGGAACCCCAUCUUGCAUUGCAGACUGAGCCUAGCAGUCCCCUGGAAAGUCUUUUCAGGAUCAGAGAGCACCAGUGGGUGACUCCUGCCCCCAGGGACAUGGCAGACAUGGAGGGUCUGUGCUCAGCCCGACUCCUGGGCUUUCGAUGUCUCGGUAGCCUGACCACAGAGGCUGUGGAGCAUGGGAGCCCUGAGAGCCGGUGCUGCCAGCAUGCCGUGCAUGCACAAAGCCACCUUGUUUAGCCUUCUUGUCCCACUAAAGCCCAUCUGGGCGGCCCCUGUGGGAGCACGCAUGCUUUAAACGCCCAGGAAAUGGUAACUGGGAGAAGUCCUCAACACGGGCGUGUUCCGUGUGGGUGCUGUUUGCCCGGCGCAGGGUGCCCAAGGUGCCCUGGAAGGUCAUUGUCUCCCUCCUGUCUUUUUAAAGAGCCGGCUCCUUGCUGCUGCUCAGAGCAGUUAACUGGAUGCCAGGGAAGGGAAGGGCUGUGCUUCCACAGGACAGGGGACCCCGACAGGCCUUACGGGUGCCAGAGCCACGCUCCCACGCACAAUAAUCAUCUCCUUUCUGUUGCUUGCGUGCCCAGCAGAAGCUGGAAAGCCUGAAGCAGCCGCAGUCAGGGUGGGCACACCCUGUGCCCACUUGUGCCAGCCUGCGCUGAUAGAGAAUCAGGUGGGGCGGGCUGCAGGUGGUGGGCACUUUGUUUACAAUACUUCCAUCGGCAGCCGGGCCGUGAGAGGCCAGUUCGCCGGUUCAGGUAUGGAAGGCUCUGAACAGUCCAGGGUUUGGCCUGUCGCUUGCACCGCCCGGAGCCUGUUCCCUUGCCCCAGCGUCUUUGCUGGAGCUGGGAGUCCAGCCAGGUUGGAGCCCCACCUGCCGAGCCACCAUGCAAUGUGCCUGCUGCUGAGAAGGCCCGUGCAGUGGUCCUGUGCUCAACAUAUUCUGUGUGAGGUACAGACAGAACUGCUGGUCCUUCCCAGUCUUUUUGUUGUUGUUGUUGUUCCUAGCAGAGUAAAUAAAACUAACUUAUAUUUUCCCCCCGAUGAAGGAUAGAAGUUAUUUUUAUGUAGUUUCCAGACUUUGUAUACGGAACUUUUGUAAGAUGCGCUCCGCAAAGUGGACUGCAAAGAUGUAAAUAGGCUUCUAAUAAAAUAACAAAGUGGUUUGCA